GGGAAGAAACUGUACAUGUGUACGUGGAUGAGGUUUCAAUUAAUUGUCCAACCUGGAAAGACACAAAGACACUGGCACCAUGGAGAAGCCGUGGAAAUGUGAGGACUGUGGGAAGGGAUUCAAUUAUCCAUCCCUGUUGGAAAUCCAUCGACGUAUUCACACUAGGCAGAAACCGUGGAAAUGUGAGGAUUGUGGUAAAGGAUUUAAUUAUCCCGAGCAACUGGAAAACCAUCGACGCAGUCACACUGGGGAGAAACCAUGGAAGUGUGAGGAUUGUGGCAAAGGAUUCAAUUAUCCUUCCCUCUUGAGAAACCAUCAACGCUGUCACAUUGGAGCCAACACCACGGAGAAACCGUGGAAAUGUGAGGAGUGUGGUAAAGGAUUUGACUAUCCGUCCCUGCUGAGAAACCAUCAACGCAGUCACACUGGGGAGAGGCCAUGGAAAUGUGAGGACUGUGGGAAAAGAUUCAAUUAUCGACAUCUGCUGGAAGUCCACCGACGCAGCCACACUGGGGAGAAGCCAUUCAUCUGUUCUGUGUGUGGGAAGGGGUUUAUUAAGUCAUCCUGCCUCAUGUUACACCAGCGAAUUCACACUGAGGAGAAGCCCUUCAGUUGCCCUUCCUGUGGAAAGAGGUUCAGACAGUCAUCGAAGCUCAAUGCACAUCAGCAAGUUCAUACUGGGGAGAGACUGUUCACCUGCUCGGUGUGUGGGAAGGGAUUCAGUCGGUCAGCGUAUCUCAUGAUACACGAGCGAAUUCACACUGAGGAGAAGCCCUUCAGCUGCACUUUCUGUGGAAAGAAGUUCAGGCAGUCAGCCAACCUCGUUACACAUCAGCGAAUUCACACUGGGGAGAGACCGUUCAGCUGCACUUAUUGUGGAAAGGGUUUCAGGAGGUCUUCCAGCCUGAGCACACACCAGCGAGUUCACACUGGGGAGAGACCAUUCACUUGUUCUGUGUGUGGGAAGGGAUUCACUCAGUCGGCCAGCCUUGUGUCACACAAGCGAAUUCACACCGAGGAGAAGCCCUUCAGCUGCACUUCCUGUGGAAAGAGAUUUAGGCAUCCUUCCACCCUCACUGCACACCAACGUACUCACACUGGGGAGAGGCCAUUCCCCUGCUCCGUGUGUGGAAAGGGAUUCACUCAGUCACGCUAUCUGCUGAAACACCAGCAGGUUCACAAGCAGGGGUUGGAUUCUAAUAUUAAACAUGUCCAGAACUGACAGUCUGAAAAUAUUAGGUUUGUUUCUGCUGAUGUUAGCAACCCGACAAAAUUAUGAAUUUUUACUUCAACCCUGCCGUGACCUUUGGUGCAAAAUCUACAAUUCAGUGUCUGAAAGGUUCCACUGAUUAACAUCUCCAAUUAGAAAGUGCUGAUAAUUCCUACUGACUUACACAUUAUAGAAUUAAAUUAUCAAGGAACAUUAGCCAAAAUAAUAAAUAUUUUAUAGGCACAUGAAUAAAAGCUUCAUCAAUCAACACAGAUAUUGAUGAAGCUCGUAAGUCACUGAGUUCAAUUAUUUGUGACACAGCGGCAGCAAUAUUUGGAAAAGGUAGAAUCCACAAUAAAGAUUGGUUUAAGACCAACUCAGCAGAUCUGUCUUUGAAGCAAAAAGCAACAUAAACCCAACAGCUAGUACACUGUCUUGGCUACUUUCAAAUGAUGUAGUUGUGCAAAAGACGGGGAGAUACUGCGUAAAUAAACACUGGAACAGCCUACAUCAAGAUGUCCAAAUUUCCUGUAAUAACAGAAAUCUAUGUGCUUUGUGUAAUAUCAAGAGGACACUUGGUCCAACCAUCACCAAAGUUACCUCCCCAAAAUGUGAAGUACUCACCGACAGAGUUAAAUAGAUGUUGCACUGGAUUGAACACCUGUGAGGCGGACAUCUCUUAGUCUCCGUUUGAUGCUCUCUUGCAGCUUCCUAUCAUGGUUGAAAUGCACGAGGAACCCUCAUCACUUGAGCUUGAAAAGGCCGUUGAUUGCUUAGCAAGCAGGCUCCCAGCAGGGAUGAAAUUCCAGCUGAACUGCUCAAGCACGGGAACUAUCAUCCACUGCCACACCUUCAUCAUGUCCUUCUCCUCUGUUGGAAGAUCUGAUCUGAGGAUUAUCAGAUCAUUGAAUGGCGGAGCAGACUCGAUGGUCCAAAUGGACUACUUCUGCUCCUAUGUCUUAUGAUAGGGUCCAUUCCACUGGAUAUGUGUGAUGCAAAGAUCAUAUAACCAAGCUGACACCUUCGCUUGGCUCAUACUUGAAAGAGCUCAUCUACUUGCAGACCAAAUGUAUGCAGAAGCACAGUAGGAUGUCUGUGCUAAUCAUCUACUGUGGACGUGAAGUUUUCCAUAUGCCAGCUACAAGAGUUUUAUUACAGUUAUGUGGAAAGGUGCCUGAAGGAGAGUGGAAAAAACCCAAUAACAAUUGGGCAAAGCUGAGAAAAAUGUCAGAAGAAUUGGAAAAGCAAAGUUUAAAACGGUGUUUGGUUCAUCUUUGAUCUGAAAAUAAAAUUUAUGUGAAGUUGACAAAAUUGUGCACAUUUAAGAAUAUUUAGUCUGCUCUUCUGCAAAUAGGCAGAGAAGUUAACCCUUUCCACUGACAGCAUUGUGACAAUUUGAACUAAAGACUUUGCCUUUUAAAGAUUUGACUUUCUCCCAUUUGUUAUCUUUCAAGACCAAGUCCAUGAGAACAGGAGAUAUGGGAGAUAUCUCAAAACCGAUUGCAAGUACUUGUGUCUCUUAGCUGAAAAUACAAUUGGCCAAUAAAGUUCCUCUGACGCAUAUGAAGAGAUAGAAUGGUAAUUAACGGCACUUAGAAUAACAGAGAAAAUCACAGCAGCAGGCAGGAAUUAGAAUAACUCGCCCCGGGGAUAGUUCAAUAAAACAUAUCAACCUGCAUGUACAUUCUAGUGAAGGUCAGGAAAGUGUAGCAGACAAUACGAAAUUGAUAGCUUUCUCUUGGAGAAGAUUGUUUCCUUGCUUCUUAAUUUUUUAAGAAAACUGCAUUUGAUAUUUUCUGGUCACUCCCUGCAGCGUUGGAACCCACGAAGGGGGAGAAAGAUCUUCAGACAGACACCGCCCUGAUCUUUUGGUCAGAUCAUCUGAAUGUCCAAGACUGGCUUGCAUCAGAUGGCACGUGUGGUUUGAUGUUGGGAUACCAGUAUGUGUGUGCAGAUGUGAUUUCUUACUGAAGUACAUGCGGAAACACAUUGUGAAGCUCCAUUGAAGACCGAGUCCCAGACAUGCUCAGUUACUUGCCAACUAAACAACAUGAUGUGAUUGAGGUAGUCAGUGGAGUGAGACAACAUUUUACAUCUUCCGAGGCAUUCACAGAGAAACUGACUUUGAGACAGUCAGGAUAGAAUUAAACACACUGUGAUAAUAAAUGGGUCUUUUACGGAGUGACAGGCAAUGAGUAGUGGGGUACCGCAGGGAUCAGUGGUUGGGCCCUAGCUAUUCACAAUGUAUAUCAAUGAUUUGGAUAUGGGAACCAAAUAUAAUAUUUGCAAGUUUGCUGACAAUACAAAAUUUGGUGAGAAUGUGAGAGAUGAGGGUGUUAAGAGGCUUCAAGGUGAUUUAGACAAGUUAAGUGGGCAAAUACAUGGCAGAUGCAGCAUAACGUGGAUAAGUGUGAAGUUAUCCACUUCGGUAGGAAAAACAGAAUGGCAGAAUAUUAUUUAAAUGGUGAUAGAUUGGGAAAUGUUGAUGUACAAAGGGACCUGGGUGUGCUUGUACAUCAGUCACUGAAAGCAAGCAGGCGGGUGCAGCAAGCAGUUAAGUCGGCAAAUGGUAUGUUUGCCUUCAUUGCAAGAAAACUUAGAGCGUAUAGGAGCAAGGAAGACUUACUGCAGCUGUACGGGGCCUUGGUGAGACCAAACCUGAAGUAUUGCGUGCAAUUUUGAUCUUACUUAAGAAAAUAUAUACUUACCAUAGAGGAAGUGCAGUGAAGGUUCAUCAGACGGAUUCCUGGGAUGGCAAGAUUGGCAUAUGAGGGGAGUUUGUGUCAACUAGGCCUUUAUUCACUGAAGUUUAGAAGAAUGAUAGGGGAUCUCAUUGAAACGUCCAAAAUUCUGACAGGGCUUGGACAGACGAGAUGCAGGGAUGAUGUUUCCUCUGGUUGGCCGGGGGUGAGGGGGUGGUUUGAAACAAGGGAUCACAGUCUCAGGAUAUGGGUAAGCCAUUUAGGACUGAGAUGAGAAAUUUCUUCACUCAGAUGAUAGCGAACCUGUGGAAUUCUCUCCCACAGAAGGCUGUGGAGGCCAUGCCACUGAAUAUAUUUAAGAAGGAAAUAGAUUGAUUUCUAGAUUUUAAAGGCACCAAGGAGCAUGGGGAGAGUGCGGGAGAAUGGCGUUGGGGUAGAGGAUCAGCCAUAAUCGAAUGGCGGAGGAGGCUCAAAGAGCCGAAUGACCUACUCUUGGUCCUAUUUUCAAUGUUUCACACUGGUAUCUAUUAGAGGGAGUAUAAUUAAAGUAAAGAGGGAUUAUAAAAUCUGGAUUUAGAAAAUAUCCACAAGGUGGAUGCAGGUGAACAGAGAGCAGGAGAAUCUUUAAAGUACAUAUUUGAACUGUAGUUAUUUACAAUAUGCAAAUAAUUUAGAAUUGUGUAAAAUGAUCUGCAGGUGGGAAGGAUGAAUCUAAGUCAAAAGUUAUCAUUUUUUACAGGCAAGUUUUUUUACAAAUAUUCUUUGUGCAGUUCAAAGGUUUGUGUUGGUGCUUCUGAUAAUUCUGGUAGCUUUAGUAUGUUAUCUACCGAAUGUAAUCAAGAAAUUAGGAAAACUCGCUCAUAGCUGGGUUGGCCAGAAAUCAGUUCGUGAGAAGUCAGUAGGCAUGUUUAUUUUUUAAGGUUUGGAGAUCUGUAAGAGAUAAGGUCCAAUAACCUUACAAAAUCUUCAGAACUUUUACUGGAUAUUAUGGGAAUAUCUCUCACUCUUAUAAAGAAACCUCCCGGAUUGAUAAACACAGGACACUGUAGGCCUGUUACCUCUGCCAAGGACAUGUCUCCAACACAGACUCUGAAACAAGAUGAACUCGAUAGGUUGGGAGAUCUCAUGACUCAUAUGUAAACCAACUGUCUGAGUAAAGGUUAAACAGGAUGUCCUAGAAAGUGCUGAACCAGGAAAAUAAUUCAUGGACUGCUAAUGGAAAUAAAGGGGUUUCUUUGAAUAUCUGUCCCUUGCUAAUUGCCAAUUGAAUAAGUGAUUAAUGUAACACCCCCAGAAAUAAGGUGUGUUGACAGGCUUUCAAGAGGGAAAAUCAUUUCAGACAAGAAAUAUAUUCUUUCAGUGAUAUAUGCUGGCUUCGGCCAAAUACUUUGGCUCAAGAAGACUGAGAAAAGAUGAAACUGCCAUGUCCAGCCAUGAAGAUCAGAUUUGUCCCUCCGUUUGUCUGAUCCGGGGAGGAUAAACCAUUCCGGGGAGGCUACCACCCCCAUCCAUGGAAAUCAACAUCCCCCCUGAUCCGGUACCAAUGAACCAUUCUGGGGAGACUGCAACCUCCAGUCAUGGAGAUGGGCAUCGCCUUCUCUCAAACCAUUUGUCCAAUCUGGGACCAGUGAACUGUUCUCACCCAUUACAAGGUGCAUGUCUUUUCUGCCUAGUUAAAUUAUGUAUCAUCUCAAUAUUGUUGCUUAUUAAUAAAAUGGUUCAAAAUCA